GCUACCACCAGUAUAGAAGACGUUCCAGAUGUACCAGUUGAUAUUGCUGAGCCCGAUAUAAACACCACACUUGGCAACGACACAUCAGGAAGCCUUGAGGAGGAGGGCGACCUACCAGAGGUCAUUGAGAUAGCGGAGGGAUAUUACUAUAUAAAUCAUAUUCUUCAAACUCUAUGUAUAAUACAUACCCUAGCAUCACUCUCAAUGUUGCUUGCAUAUUGUGCAUUGAAGAUGCCUCUUGCUAUUUUCAAAAGAGAGAAGGAAGUUGCAAGGAAGCUGGAAUUUGAUGGAAUGUGGAUAGUGGAACAGCCAUCCACAGAUGAUAUCAAAGGGCACUGGGACAAACUUGCAAUUAGUGCUCCGUCAUUCCCUGAAAACUACUGGGAUAAAUUUGUCAAGAGAAAG